UCGGCUCGCCCCUCCUCCCCUCCCUCCCGCAAGUAAAACACGAGAGAAGAGACCACCCCCCAAUGGCCUCCAGGAUCACGAGGCUGCUCCAGCCCCACCACCGCCGCCGCCUCUUCUCAACCGCCGCGGAGGCCUCCUCCCGCAGGCCGCCGGCGCGCUCCCCCCUCGGCGCCGCCGCCGCCCCCAAGCAUGAUGUUGCAAAGGCUGAAGUCUCAUCUUUAAAAAAUUCAAGGUGGUAUAUGAUGAAGUCAAACUCUUCAAGUCCUCUCAUGACACACAAUGAAAGCCGCAAAGUAUCUGCUUAUUUAGUUAGGCCUUGUGCAUCCUACUCCACAAAAUCUUCAGACCAGAACCCAAAAGAGGGAAAAAAAGACUUGACAACUGUUGAAGAUCCCUUUGAUGCUCCUACCUAUAACAUACCUGAGAAGCCAGUGACAUUUGCUGAAGGGGCUUCCUACAGUCUUGUUAUAGUCGCGGGACUUGGAAUUGCAGCAUUGGCUGGAUAUGCUGUUUUCAAAGAGCUUAUAUUUGAACCAAAAGAGUACAAGAUUUUUGGAAAAGCUCUAGCAAGAGUUCAGAAUGAUAGUCAGGUUACGGCAAAAAUUGGGUAUCCUGUUACUGGAUAUGGUAAUGAAAGUAGAAAUCGCGCAGCUCGGCAGCGCAUUCCUAACAAGAUUUGGACAGAUGAGGAGGGCGUUGAACACGUGGAGGUGAAUUUCUAUAUCCGAGGACCUCAUGGAGCUGGGAAGGUGUACUCAGAGAUGUUCAAAGAUAACAAUGACAGGAAUUGGAAGUUCACAUACCUUAUUGUUGAGAUCGUGUCUCCACAUCGUUCACAACUAAUGUUAGAAUCUUACGUACCAGCAUAAGGAUGCAAAAAUCAACCAAGCACUUAGCGGUGGCAGAAUUGUUAAGUUUUCAGUUUUGACUUCCCCGGUAGCACAAGAGGAGGUGAACUAUUCUGAGUCUUUGAUCAUUUCUGGUAUCUUAAAUAUGGUGUAUCAUGAAAAUGGAAGGACCUUAAUGCUACUUUGUUCAGCUGAAGGCCUUUAUGACACAUGCAUACAUCACAAUUUUCAUAUCAUUGCUUAAACAAUGGUAUAAACCAUAGAAAGAUCUACCAGGUUCCAUCCCUAUCAAUUUGAAAUCUUCUUUAUAUGGAUAUCAGUUAUGGAGGAUAUGUAUACGAUUACCUUUCAUAUUUUUUUCAUUUCUUUCAAGCCAUAACCCAGAGGUCUCAGGCUACACCGGGGAUGACAGGAAGCAAUCAGUAUAUCUUAGCUUCCCGUCAUUUCCCUACUUACCACUAGUAAUGUUGUAUCGUUGAUGAAAUACGUUCGUCUCACUCUCAACUAUUCCUCCG